GCGGACAGUGUCAUUUUGGGAACGUUGAGGAUAUAACGUGAAUAAUGAAUUCUGUUGUUUUAGAAUAUGGGUGAAUAUGUGCAAUAAUUUGGCGUACAUUUUAGUGAAAAGUGUUGUGUUUUGAAUAUAUUUGUGCAAUUUAGGUGUAAUCAUGGCCUCGGAUAAGAUUAAAGUAGCAGUUCGGGUUCGUCCCUUUAACAGACGGGAACUCGAAUUGGGUACACAAUGCGUCGUGGAGAUGGAUGGUCAACAGACCAUUCUGCAGUACCCACAGUCCACGCACGACAAAGAUAGGAAACAACCAAAGACGUUCGCGUUCGAUCACUGCUUCUUUUCGCUGGAGCCGACCCUGCCUCACUUCGCCUCCCAGAAGACUGUGUUCGAAUGUCUCGGACGGGACAUCCUUGACAAUGCAUUCGACGGAUACAAUGCGUGCAUCUUCGCAUAUGGACAGACAGGUUCGGGCAAGUCCUACACCAUGAUGGGUGCUCCAGGGCUUGACGAGGGUGGCAUCAUCCCUCGCCUCUGUAACGCCUUGUUCGAGAGGAUCGCCGUUCAACAGUCACCACCAGCACUCACAUACAAGGUUGAAGUAUCUUAUAUGGAGAUCUACAAUGAGCGUGUCCACGACCUCCUGGACCCUGAGACGACCCGCCGGUCGCUUCGUGUCCGGGAGCACGCCGUCCUAGGACCAUAUGUAGACGGGCUGUCUCAGCUGGCAGUCACAUCAUUCCAGGACAUCGACAACUUGAUGGCGGAGGGUAACAAGUCAAGGACGGUGGCAGCUACUAACAUGAACAGUGAAUCGUCUCGCUCGCACGCUGUGUUCAGUGUGGUGUUGACACAGACCUUGUGUGACGCCGCGACCGGGGUUACUGGGGAGAAGGUGGCCAGGCUGUCGCUGGUGGACCUGGCGGGCUCCGAGAGGGCCGUGAAGACCGGCGCUGUCGGGGAUAGACUUAAAGAGGGAUCCAAUAUUAAUAAAUCCCUAACUACGUUAGGUCUGGUAAUAUCAAAACUGGCGGAUCAGUCCUCUGGUAAGAACAACAAGGACAAAUUCGUGCCCUACAGAGAUUCAGUGCUGACAUGGCUUUUGAAGGACAACCUCGGAGGCAACAGCAAGACGGUUAUGGUGGCGACGAUAUCUCCAGCUGCUGAUAACUAUGAAGAGACACUGUCCACACUCCGGUACGCCGACCGAGCCAAGCGUAUAGUGAACCACGCCGUAGUCAACGAAGAUCCGAAUGCCAGAAUCAUCAGGGAACUGCGCCAGGAAGUGGAGGCCCUGAAAGAGAUGCUCAAACACGCCACCGGCUCCCCUGUCGGAGAGGACGUGCACGAGCAGUUGGCACAAAGUGAGCACCUGAUGAAGGAAAUGUCCCGAACUUGGGAAGAAAAACUCGUCGAAACUGGUCGAAUACAAAGCGAAAGGCAACAGGCGUUGGAGAAGAUGGGAAUCAGUGUCCAAGCCAGCGGCAUCAAGGUUGAGAAGAACAAAUACUACCUAGUGAACCUGAACGCCGACCCCUCACUGAACGAACUGCUCGUUUAUUAUUUGAAGGAACAUACUCUAGUCGGUGCAGACAGCGAGGCUGAUAUCCAGUUGUCCGGUCUGGGCAUACAGCCGCAGCAUUGUCUUCUUCUGGUGUUAGAAGGACAUCUCUAUAUGGAGCCACUGGGAGGAGCGAGAUGUUUCCUCAAUGGAGCGCCCGUGACGAACAAGGAAAGGCUCGGACACGCUGAUAGGAUACUAUGGGGGAACCAUCACUUCUUCAGGGUUAACUGCCCUAAGGAUAAUACAUGUACUACAUCUGAGCCGCAGACUCCGGCUCAACCAAUCGACUACAACUUCGCCAGAGAUGAGAUCAUGUUGAACGAACUCAGCAACGAUCCCAUACAGACAGCCAUCUCUAGACUGGAGAGACAACACGAGGAAGACAAACAAGUCGCCUUAGAGAAACAGAGACAGGAGUACGAACGCCAAUUCCAGCAACUCAGGAAUAUUUUGUCUCCAUCAACGCCAUAUCCACCGUAUUCUUAUGAUCCGCUCAGAUUGGGUAAAAUGACAGCAUGCACCCCGACGACGGCGGCUCGUGUGGAGCGCUGGGCGGCAGAAAGAGACGACACCUUCAAACGCUCCCUGGGGAGGUUGAAGGCGGACAUACUGAGAGCGAACGCACUGGUCCAGGAAGCGAACUUCCUCGCGGAAGAAAUGAGAAGGAACACGAGGUUCAGUGUCACGCUGCAGAUACCGCCGCAGAAUUUGAGUCCCAACAGAAAGCGCGGCGCCUUUGUAUCGGAGCCGGCGAUCAUGGUGAAACGACCGACUCGAGGUGCGCAGGUGUGGUCCAUGGAGAAGUUGGAGAACAAGCUGGUGGAUAUGAGAGACAUGUACGACGACUGGCGGCGGAGGAGGGACCACGAUGAUCUGGAGGCCGUCCCAAUCGAUCCCGAGACACCGACGGAUCAAAAGGAUAAAAGUCUUGAUCCAUUCUAUGAGUCUCAGGAGAAUCACAAUUUAAUCGGUGUUGCCAAUAUAUUCCUGGAGGCGUUGUUCCAUGAUGUCACGCUCGACUAUCAUACACCCAUCAUCAGUCAGCAAGGAGAGGUCGCAGGGAGACUGCAGGUUGAAAUAAGUCGAGUGUCCGGCCAGUUCCCACAAGACAGAAUAUGUGAAGCGGCGUCUGACAGCUCCGGCGAUAUGAGGGACGAGGACGAGCCGGUCGACCCCGCGGCGCAACAGGUGACGAUCCGCGUGGUCAUAAAGCAGGCGAGUGGUCUGCCGCCGUCUCUGUCCAACUACGUGUUCUGUCAGUACUCGGUGUGGGGAAGCGGGGAGCCGGUGGUGGUCCCGCUUCACGUGAACGCGGACUGCCCUCCUCCCUCACCCCCCUCGCCCACCCCAGUGCCCGCUCCUGCCCCCUCACCCUCCACACAGAACACCUCGCCCAGGCACCAGCUGCUCACGUUCCGCUUCGAUCAUAAGAGAGACUUCACGAUACCGCUCACCGAGGAGUUCAUAGAGCAUUGCGCAGAGGGUGCUCUGUCGAUCGAAGUGUGGGGUCACCGGUCGGCAGGUUUCGGCGGUGCUGGGAACUGGGAGGUGGAGCAACAACAGCUGGCCAAGGCUCGCUCGCUGGCGGACCGCUGGGCCGAGCUCACCAGGAAGAUACAGCUGUGGGUCGAGAUACACGAGCUCAAUGAUAAUGGAGACUACGCACCGGUCGAGGUGGUUCCUCGGAGCGACAUAGUGACGGGGGGCGUGUACCAGCUGCGUCAAGGUCAACAGCGUCGUGUGUCGGUGCGAGUGAAGCCCGCCGCUAACUCCGGCACGCUGCCCAUCAUCUGUCAGCACAUCGUCAGUGUGGAACUGGGCUCUGUUACUGUCAGAUCACGUUUACAAAAGCCACUAGACUCGUACCAGGAAGAAGAUCUGGCCGUGCUACGAGAGCGUUGGAGCGACGCACUCACUAGACGCAGACAACAUCUACACGCGCAGCUACAGAAACUGGUGAACAUGUCGCCGUCCAUGAAGAGCGAGCGCGACAUGGAGCGAGAGCAGUCGCUGGUCGAACAAUGGGUCUCACUCACUGAGGAACGGAAUGCUGUCCUAGUCCCUAGUCCCGGAAGUCCUAUACCAGGUGCUCCGGCCGCGUGGAAUCCGCCUCCCGGGAUGGAGCAACACAUACCAGUAUUAUUCUUAGAUCUCAACGCGGACGACCUGAGCACACAUCCCUCCGGCGAGGAGGUGACCGUGGCGGGGCUGAACUCCAUCCUUCCUAAGGAGCACGGGAACAAGUUCCACGAGCUGCAGCUGCUGCACCACCACAAGGACGUGGCCGCCAUCGCCUCCUGGGACUCUUCCAUACACGACUCGCAGUACCUCAAUAGAAUAACAGAAGCGAACGAGCGAGUGUAUCUGAUAUUGAAAACUACGGUUCGUCUCUCGCAUCCAGCGCCCAUGGACCUCAUACUGCGCAAACGACUCGCCCUUAACAUAUACAAAAGACAGAGUCUUACGGACCGGAUAAGGAAGAAGAUUGUCAGAUCGGAUCAGUUGUCCCAGACGGGCGUGACUUACGAGGUGGUGUCUAACAUCCCCAAGGCAUCCGAGGAGCUGGAGGAGAGGGAGAGUCUCGCACAGAUCGCUGCCAGCGGAGAGGAGGCCUCCGCCGCUGAUGGAGAGACUUAUAUAGAAAAAUACACACGCGGUGUGAGUGCCGUCGAGAGCAUUUUGACUCUAGACCGUCUGAGGCAGAGCGUGGCUGUCAAGGAGCUGGAGCAGGCCCGCGGGCAACCCAUCACCAUGCGCAAGACAGCCUCCGUACCGAACUUCUCACAGGGAGCUUUCUCACGACGCGAUGCUUUACAAACUAUAUGCAACGCAACGCAAUACGUUGUACGUUUCGUAUCAACAUUGCAAGGGCAGGCGGAUAUGUCGGAAUCCGUUGAACAAGAUAGCGUUGCGUCGCGUAGCGUGAUAAUGCGUCUGGACUCGUCGUUUGAAUCUCUGUCCGGUCUGGGCGGUGGUCGCUCUGGCAGCGUGGCGGACCUAGCUGACGAGGCCCCGCGACGGACGAGACACUCGUACGCAGGACCCUCGCACGCCGACACUGACACCACACCAACAAAACCAUUCGGACUCGCUCGUCCAACGUUCCUUAACUUGAAUUUGAACCUGAACUCACUGCGACUACAGACUCCGAACAAGUCGUCUCCAGCCAGUGCUAAGUUAGGGUUGCGUAUGACGACGUUACACGAGGAACCCGGCCGAAGGAACGACGAAGACUCACACUCGGAGCCGGAGUCAGUUCCUUCUGAUGAACUGGCAACACCACGUUCAUAUCGCACCCGGUCCCGUGCUACUCCACGUGGUUUCCUUCCGACGUCGAAGACCCUAGACUCGCUCCACGAGCUCGCCUGUGAACGGGUCCCCACCAAAAACUCCCCCUCCAUAUCAUCAUCCGGCUAUGCUUCCCUCAUAGGAUCCCAGACGGUGUCCUCAACGAACCUCACAAACGAUGACACUAUUUCGAUCAGAAGUAUGUCCGUCGACGAAACGCCGGAUUUCGACAAAACAAUGGACUAUACACAUCUCAGUAGGACGAAGACUUCCGUGGCCGGGCUCAGGAAUGAGAUAACGGAGCUCAGAAAUGACAUCACAGAGUUGAAACAUGACAUUGUUGAGUCGAAGAAUGAACUGGAGGAAGUGUCAUACGAGAAGGCGAAGACUCCGGUUCUGACGCCCGGUUCAAGGAAUAGGAUCAAUCCAUUCCUUAGGGACUGCGAGGAGACGGCAAACGAGAAGAUGCUGGAUCCACUCGGCUCUAUACCCGUGGAGAACGCGACGCUGUCUAGUCAACAACAUAAAGUCGAAUACGCUCAAGUCAAUGGAGAACCCCAACACGACACUUCAUUUGGCGAAGCUGAAGUGGAAUCGGUGAGUUCGGAGCAGUCGAGUCAUGAUGGUAGAAGUCGUGAAGCGUCUUCAGUUGGCGAGAGUGACUCGCCAGGGUCUGAUCCGGUCGUCAACACAUCUCUGCCGGCCGGAAAGGUGGUGCGUCGUCGUGCGGGCGCGUCCUCCCGCUACCCGUCCCGCUCGUCCCACCCCGGCCGGCCUCUGUCCGCACACGAGCCUCUCGCACACGCACACACACACGGACGAGCGCUCACAGACACUCCAGCAUCAUCCACCGAGAGGAUUCAGGACGGAAAUGAGUCCGCGGACAGUUCGCGCUCCCAGUCGAGCGCCCCGGUGUCAGUCCCCGAGUGGUUGACCGUCGGUGAGAGCGUACAGAUCCGCCUCAGUAGUAGCACGGGUGUGGUCGCAUACGUGGGCGCCACUCAUUUCGCGCCAGGACUGUGGGUGGGCGUCGACCUGGACGCUCCCACGGGAAAGAACGACGGCUCGGUCGGCGGCACGCGGUACUUCACGUGUCGCCCGCGUCACGGAGUGUUCGUGCGUGCGGACAAGUUGGUCCACGACCGGCGAGGGAAGAGCGCCCGGGCCUUCAGGGACGCCGAGCUCAAGCGGGCCUCCAGCAAGGGUGAGGGUCUGCACAACCUUCACAGGACGAGGAGUCGCGGCGACAGUAUGAACACUGUUGGCAAGACACGCGCCAAAUAGACACACACACAUACACACAACCCACACACACAUACACACCGGACACAUGUACUAUGACGUCCUCUGUGUAUAGUAAUAGUUUGUAUCGUCGACCUAACAUUAGCAGUUCCAUUACACGCAUGAACACGAAGCUAACUACGCGGAGGUCAUCGAUACGGACUGUUACUGCUGCGACAGUUCCCAAGUCCACUUUACGUUGCACUCCCACUACUGAUGGUGCUUUAUCUUAUUUAAGUGGCCGUUCGUUCGUAUACAUGACACAGCGUCUAUUCCUCCCGCCCGUUGCUCGCCCAACGGUCCGGCGACGGAUGUUGUUCUUAAUCUCGGGUUCCGUACAAUAACGAUAUUAUUUUAAUACAUUUGACCAUACAAUUGUAAAUAAUUUAAGCGAUUAUUAUUAUUAUUAUUUCCCGUUGUACAUAUGUUGAUCUCCGUGUGUCGCUUGUCGAUAUUUUUAUUAUUUAGUAUCGGAUGUAUGGUUUGUGGUCCGCGCCGUACAGCGGAUUAUUUGUAUAUAUAUUUUCGUGAUGUAUAGUUUGUUUUCUACGCCUGUCUGUUGUGUAUCGACCUUCUAUUUCCUUUCUAUAUGACGCAACGAAAUUAUAAUUUGAUUGUUCUUUCUAUCGUUACAUAUAAAAUCGUCUGAAGCUUUUCCUCUUAUGUUCUGCGUUAGGAAACAAUUUUCUAUUUGAAUGUUAUCUUUUAACAUUAAAUCGAUGGACUUGUCGUCUUUAUAAAUUGCUCAUGAUCUAGGACAAGUGUGAUAGAAUCUUGCCACCGCAUAAAGACCAAUUAUUAUAUUUUUUGUAGAUUUUUUUUCUUUCCCUUGAAUAGUAAUGAAUUUACUAAAUCGUCCAAUGCUACAUCUUCGUCCUUAUAAAGACUUGUACACAGUACUCGUACACCGCGCCGAGAGGCCCACAUAACGCGACGUGUUGCCGGCACAGGCGGCGAGCGAUUUUUAAAUUUUAUGCAUUUAUAUACUUGAUUGACGUUUUGAGAAUUGUAUAAUUUGUACCUCAGCGCUAAGUGUUCGUAUCGCUCGUCUCCUGGGCCGCGGUCUUAUCCAUUAGGUUGUGUAGUUAUGAGGUGUGAUGUAAAAAAAAAAAUUAACUAAUGUUCGUAGUGGUUUUUUGCGAGAUGUAUAUUAAAAUUUUAAAAAUCAUUAUCGAAGAUAAAUUUUGUCCUCAAAUUAUUAUAUCCAUCCACAUUUGAACAAUAACGAGUCUUCUAGAUGUCCUAUAUUGAUAUCAGAUUUACCGAAAUGUCCGUGUAAUUUUAUUAGGCUCCAUCCACACUCGACGGCGUCGUCGUGAUCUCUAGUAUGUAGCUCACCUAUUGUAUAUUCCAUCCUCUUAUAUGUAAAGUACACUUAACGAGUACACACGUCGUUGGAGACGCAUCCUUAUUUACUAGUGUGUAAGUAUCACUUUCCCGCUCGCAGCCCGCCCCUUGCCUCAUCCCUGUACACUAUGUUGUAUAUUGUAUUACAUGUAAGUGCAUUACAGCGACCACAUCGCCAUGCGGCGGCUCUCGACAUGCACCGCAGUGUAUUCGUAAGCCUCGACUGACGUCAUUGUCCACUGUCACCCCACGCUUUAUAGACUGUUGUACUUAAAACAUUCCAUUGGUACAUUUAUUUAUUAUUUUUCUAACAGACGGAUUUAGAUUUUAAGUUUUAUGUGCGCGACCUGGAUUCAUUUCGCAUUUCAGACCGACAGUCACGAUAUAAACAUUCACCUGCUUGUAAGGGGACGUCGUAUCCCGUCAGUGUCCUAAUGAAUCCAAUGUGCUUAAAAUAUUCUUACAUUAAUUUGAUCCGCAUAACGAUGUACUUAUUUCGUUAAGCUCACGCACGUAGCUCCGACAGAACAAUCCGGCCACGAAGAAUACAGCUCGAUGGGAAUUCGAAGUUUAAAAUUGUUAUGGAUUUUUUUUUUUAAAUAAUGUUCACAUAUAUAGUAGUUAUGACGUGUCUUUGAAAUUCUUGAUGUGCUUAUGUCCAGUAGUUGGUUGGUGGUAGAACAUUGGCGGUGGAGUAAAUAUAUUAAUAUAUAUAUAUAUAUAUAUAUAUAUAUAUAAAGGUCAGUUGGAAGCAAUAAAACGUUAUAACGGAUCGGUCAUCAGAGUGUGCACUAGGGCUGGUAGUGUUAGCCUGCUAUAGAUCCUAAAAGCCGAGGCGAGUAGAUCCUAAUUUAAUUUUAUUAGAUUAAGCUGACCAUGUGCUGUGCUUUUGUUUUAAUUAUUAGUUUUAUAGGUAAAUGAAAUUAUUUGUUUUAUAAUGAUAAUAAUUAUUAUAAUUUUUAUAUAAUUAGCCUAUUUCGUAUUUAUUGCAGUCAAUUUUAUCGAUGAGCUUUCUAAGACAUGUAUUUAUAAUUUGAUAUGAAUUUUUUUUUUUUAUCGACUCGACUUUAUUUUGCCAGAUCGUGCGACGUAAUAAUAGUUCAAAAUUGUAAUGUAUUUCUUUUAUUGUGAUAAGCGGAUAGUAUAGACGGCUACCUGGUAGCGUAGACGGUCGGUUGCAUCUUCAUUAUUGUAAACAUUAAUUAUAAAGAGAUUUUAAUAUUUAAUAAAAAAUAAUAGUUCACUUCUUAGUGGAAAUAUUUUUGCCAAGUAGCAAACUUUUGAGUCAACCAUCGCUGUCAUUAUCAAUAAAUGUAUUAUAAAAAUA